CACUUUGGAAGAGCCAAGAAGUGAGCCUGCGUCAACGUAGCUUAAACCUAAGUGCAGUGACACAUUUGACAAAACAAUUAUGUAACUGGAAACCCGGGAUUUCUACCUCAAGGGUGAAGAGAUCCUCACAGUGACAGAUGGAUCAUUACUAGAACACCCCGACUGUUCUACUAAGCAGUGACUUGACUGGAGACACUGAAGCUGAUCCAACCCGGAGUAGGAUGUUACUAGCAUCCGCCGUGGUGGUAUGGGAAUGGCUGAACGAGCACGGACGCUGGCGGCCCUACAGCCCGGCUGUCUGUCAUCACAUCGAGGCAGUCAUCCGGAGCGACCCGCGGUGUGGUAGCGUUGUCCUCGGCCAGGUGGACUCUCGCCUCUCGCCCUACAUCAUCGAUUUGCAUUCCAUGCACCAGUUCCGACAAGACACAGGUACCCUUCGACCGGUACGACGUAGCUUUUACGACCCCACCUCAGCGCCAGGCCAGGGCUGGUUGUGGGAGUGGGAGAACGACGCCGGCAGUUGGACGGCGUACGACACGGAGGUGGGCAUCGCCAUCCAGGCAGCACGAGAUCGUCAGCAGCCCUGGCUGGACCUGGCGCCGCUGGGUUUCUGCUACCUCAUUGACUUCGAAAGCAUGACCCAAAUCAACGGGCAGACACAGCGCUGCCGGCGCAUUCAGCGCCGCUCCGACCUGGCUUACCCGCUGGUGUCCGGGCCCCUGCCCAAGUCCCACCAUGCCUGGGGGCCCACGUCAAUGCCCAGCCACGGAGGACUGCUUGGUGUGGAUGUAUCUGGAGUGGGCAUGGGGAUCCGGAUGAGCAGCAGUGGGACUGGAAAUGGGAGUGCGUACCCCAGCGGGGCUCUCCCUGCUUCAGCCAUCACCUCUCUGGGACAGCCCUGCGCCUGUCAUCAGUGUAUGCUGGUGUUGAGUGUCAAAGCCGGCACCAUGUCGACUGCUCAUACUCUGGGUCGGAGACCACCACAGACCAAGCCGCCUAGUCCCAAAAUCAGCAGUCAGCCUGUCCCAGGAGGGUCAUACUCACUAACCCUCCCACGGCCUCCUUCCCUUUCACGAUCACUUUCGCCAAACAGGACGUCUAUAGUUGGGGCGACAGGUGGCUUCAGUGUAGGCGGUAUGGGUAGUGCCGGAGGUGUAGGUAUCGUCGGUGGUAGUGGUGUUAGCGGCGCCAGCCUUGGCUUUGGAGGAGGCUUCACUCACUCUCUUUCCCUCCUUGGCUCAGCUACCGCCGCCCUCUCCAUCUCCUCCACCCGUCCCCCACCUCCACCUCUCCCCCCACCUCCGCCGCCUCCUCCGCCACCCUCCACCACACCCUCAUCGGUCGCCAUCUCUCCCCCUCACCCCUCCACCUCCUCCAUCCUCUCUGCUUCCUGUUCCGCCCCUACAGCGCCCGCUCCAGGCCCCCCUCUCAUCUCCACGGCUGCCUCCACCUGCACGCCCUCGCCUUCUGCCCGCGUCCUGGGACCAGUGUCUUCUUCUGGUGCUGCUGCCUGCGCGGCCCCUCUGCCGCCCAGGUCCAGCCUAGCGGGGCUGAGCCGACCUGCGCUGCAGCGUAUCGCCAUGGCUCAGUCACGUGCCCUUAUCGCUUCUGGAGUGCCAACGGUUCCAGUGAAGAACCUGAACGGAUCUAGCCCUGUGCACCCUGCACUGGCAGGUAUUACAGGCAUCCUGAUGAGCGCAGCAGGACUUCCCGUCUGCCUGACCCGCCCGCCCAAGCUGGUGCUUCAUCCUCCACCUGUCAGCAAGAGCGACAUCAAGCCCGUGCCGGGUCUGGGCCACUGCUGCCGCAAGACUACCAAGAAACAGGCCCGUAAAGGCAAGACCCCCGAGGAGGUGGUGAAGAGGUACCUUCAGAAAGUUCGCAAUCCCCCAGAAGAGGACUGCACCAUCUGUAUGGAGGCCCUGGCAGGACCAUCGGGCUAUAAGGGCCCCGGCGUGGGCGGUAUCUCCCGGGCUGAGUCGGUGGGCCGGCUGGCACAGUGUGGCCACCAGUACCACCUCCAGUGCCUCGUUGCUAUGUACAACAAUGGCAACAAGGAUGGCAGCCUGCAGUGCCCCACCUGCAAGACCAUUUAUGGAGUCAAGACCGGUAACCAGCCCCCGGGCAAGAUGGAGUACCACGUCAUCCCCCACUCACUGCCCGGCCACCCUGACUGCAAAACCAUCCGGAUUAUCUACAACAUCCCUCCUGGCAUCCAGGGCCCAGAGCACCCAAAUCCAGGCAAACCCUUCACCGCCCGUGGGUUCCCCAGACACUGCUACCUCCCUGACAGCGAGAAAGGACGCAAGGUUCUGAGGCUGCUCCUGGUAGCGUGGGACCGCCGGCUGAUUUUCUCCGUGGGCACGUCCAGCACCACCGGCGAGUCCGACACAGUCAUCUGGAACGAGGUGCACCACAAGACGGAGUUUGGCUCCAACCUGACAGGCCACGGGUACCCCGACCCCGGCCACUUGGACAACGUCCUGGAGGAGCUGAAGGCUCAGGGCAUCACCGAGGAGGAGUGUCUACCCAGAGACUGAACAGAGACAUUCAAGACAGCGAAGACACGGGAAACCAGGCUGGAGUCUGUAAACACACAAUGCUGGGAACAGAUCCACAGCUGGACAGACGGAAAAUCUUCAAAAUCUGACAAAAUGAACAGAGAGAAACUUUUACCACCAGGGAUGGAAAACAACUUCAAAAAAAAAACAAAAUCUCUUCACAGGAACGUUACAGACAUAGUUUCAGCAGAAUUUGCUGAGAUUCAAAUUUCUCUUAUGACUGCAUGAGCCUGUUUUGAAAAAUGGGAAAUCAUUUUCUUUCCUGAUGCAGUAACAGUGUCGAGAUCGCAGAUGUUAUUCCGUGAGACAUUUGAGACCACUGUGCACAUGAGUCAGUGUUAGAUUAAAAAAAAACCAAGAAAAAAAAAAAACCCUGUCAUUUAUACUGUGAGACUUCUUACCAAGAAUGUAACAAAGUGAAUUUUGCUGAAUUGAAGUGUUCACCACUACUACUGCUGCUAUGUGGAACUGAACGGAGGUUAAAAUGAAGAAAAAAAAGGGAUGUCUGUAAUUUUUUUUUUAAGCGUUAGUCCACAAGCAGAAAUAACUUUUCACUGCAGAUAAAUAUUUCAAGCGUAUAACUGGAUAUCUGAGCAUGGAUAUUUGCUGACCUCUAGUGGUACUUUUUCAGAACUACAUUCCUUUUUAGGUUUGCUUUUUCAAUUGUAUUGUUGUAUAAUAUGAAUACUUGAUAUAUUAUAUGAUUAUAUUGUUUCCAUUCUAUCAUGUUUUAUAUUUUAAUUUUACAGUUUGUUUUAUACGGUGUGUUUCAUUGCAUUGAUUUUGGGUGUGGCGUGACAGACCGACAUGUGGAGUGAAGUUACGAUAAGCUGCUGGUGUACCUGAGAUUGCCUGACACUUUAUAUGCCAUUUAUCAACCCCUUUCUUUCAGAAAAUCAUUUUCAGUAUUUUGCAUUUGAUGGGUUCACAAACUGACAUUCCUUAAUUGUUCUGCCCCCGGAGCCUGGGCACAUUAAAUAGCUUUCUGUGUCUUCUUGUAUCUGCAUUAAUGUUAAGGACUGAUAGAGGAAAAGCUACGACGGAUUAUACCACCCCCCCAGAAGGAGUACAUUCCCAAAAAGAUAGGAUUGAACCUUCUGCCUGAGCUCAGAUUUGCACAGAGCUCUCUACUUAGUAUCAAAAGGAAAUGGACAGCUUGUAUCUACUGUAUUUUUGUGUAGGACACACACACCAGCCUCAAAUGCUCUAUUCACACUACAAAAUGUGGUCAUUGGUUGUUUCUGUCAUGUUUAGUGUUUGCCAUGAGCAGGUGCAAAAGACUGUCUCUUGUUGUGGAUCCAGCUUUGGCCAAUGUGGUCAAGUCAGUUUGCAUUCGGUCCAUUGUGGACCCGUUUAGAGUAUGUGUUGACAUACUAAUGUAGGCCACCAUUAAGAGCAUUUAUACUUUAUGAUACUUUAUGUAUGCACUGUACUGUAUGUA